AUGUCAGCAUUAACACAAUCAGGAUCAAUAGAGAAACCAUGUACAAUUUUAAUCAACUAUGAUAAAGGUGAUCCACCACAAGUCAAUGAAUUCAAACAAAACUUCGAACAUGGUACAACUGAACAAAAGAUUGAAACAUUAAAAAAGGUUAUUCUCUAUACAAUCAAUGGUGAACCAAUUCCACAAUUACUUAUGCCAAUCAUUCUUUAUGUUAUGCCAUCAAAUGAUCAUACCAUUAAAAAACUAUUACUCAUCUAUUGGGAAGUAAUUGAAAAAACUCAUCUUGGUAAAUUAAAAUCCGAAAUGAUUUUAGUAUGUAAUUCAUUAUUAAAUGAUUUAAAUCAUCCAAAUGAAUUUGUACGUGGUAGUACAUUAAGAUUUUUAUGUAAAUUAAGAGAAGCAGAAGUUUUAGAACCAUUAGUCCCAUCUGUUCGUUCAAACCUUGAGAAUAGACAUGCAUAUUGUAGAAGAAAUGCAGUUUUAGCAAUCUAUAAUAUCUAUAGUCACUUUGAUUAUUUAAUUCCAGAUGCACCAGAAUUAAUUUACAACUUUUUAUUACAAGAAAAAGAUGCAUCAUGUAAAAGAAAUGCAUUUAUUAUGUUAUUUAAUUGUGCACCAGAAAAAGCUGUUGAAUAUCUUUCAUCAGUUUUAGAUGAAGUACCAUCAUUUGGUGAUAUGCUUCAAUUUAUUGUUGUUGAAUUAAUUAGAAAAGUUUGUAAAACUUCACCAUCAGAAAGAUCAAAAUAUAUUAAAUGUAUUUUUACAUUAUUAAAUUCAUCAUCACCAGCAGUUAAAUAUGAAAGUGCAGGUACAUUAUUAUCAUUAUCAUCAGCACCAACAGCAGUACGUGGAGCAGCAAGUGCAUAUAUUGAUUUAUUAUGUAAUGAAAGUGAUAACAAUGUAAAGAUGAUUGUAUUGGAUAAACUUAUUGAAAUCAAAAAGAAUCAUAGUAAGAUUAUGGAGGAGUUGGUUAUGGAUAUUUUAAGAGCAUUAUCAAGUCCAAACAUUGAUAUCUGUAAAAAGGUAUUGAAUAUUGUUUUAGAUUCAGUCACACCAAAGAAUAUCGAUGAGAUCAUUUUGUUUUUAAAGAAAGAGAUCAACAAAACUCAAUCCAAAGAAUUUGAUAAAGGUUUAGAGUAUCGUCAUAUUUUAAUUCGUACCAUUCAUGUCUCCUCGUUGAAAUAUCCAGAGGUACUUGGUAAUGUUGUACCAUUGUUAAUGGAGUAUUUGGGUGAUAGUUACCUUCCAUCAGCCGUUGAUGUAGUCAUUUUCCUUCGUGAAGUCGUUGAAACCUAUCCAAGUUUAAGAGAAUUAAUCAUAAAGAAACUCAUUGAAAACCUUUCAUCCAUCAAGGUUUCAAAGGUUUAUCGUGUCGCUGUUUGGGUGAUCGCUGAAUAUGUCACUUGUCUUGAGGAUCUUCAAUAUGCUAUGACCUCAAUCACCAAUGAUCUCGAGGAAUUAUUAAAACCAAAACAAACUGAAGAGGUUAUUUUGGAGACAAAAGCAAAGGUAAAGAUUGAAAAAGUUUCAAUUCAAAAAUUAAUUGCAGAUGGUGAUUGGUAUUUGGCAUCUUGUAUCUCAAGUUCUUUAACGAAAUUAUUCUUUAGAGCCGAGCAAUUGAAUAUCGAUAAUGCAGACUCCAAUAAAUUAAAGGCACAAGUUAUGAUGAUCAUUUCCGUAUUAAUUAAUCUUAGUAAGGCAAGUCAAGUUUCAACUUCAAAAUCCGCCUAUGAAAGAAUGCUCUCAUGUAUUCAAGUUUUAAUCGAUAGUAAUGCAACCAUUAAAAAGAUUUGGCUUCAAGAUUGUCGUGACUCUUUUGCCAACUAUCUCAAAUAUCUUUUAAUUAAACAAAGUGAAAAUAAAAAGAAAACAGAGAAAGAGGUUUUGGUUAAACCAAACAAUAUCAUCAACAUUAGACAACUUAAAUCAAAGAAAGCCUUUGGUCCAGUCGAUACAGAGGAUGAUUUAAUUAAAGCAGUUGGUAACACUGGUGAAGCCAAUAAAGAUCAAAAUGAAUACUCAAAGAUCUCUCAAUUGUCUGGUUUCUCUGAUCCAAUUUACGUCGAAGCUUACGUUAGAGUUCAUCAAUAUGAUAUCGUUUUGGAUAUCUCUGUGUUCAAUCAAACCAAUGAUACCCUUCAAAACGUUACAUUGGAAUUGGUCACUUUGGGUGACUUGAAGAUUUGCGAACGUGUCCCACCAUUUACAAUGGCUCCACGUGAAAAAACUUCAGCCAAAGCUUCAAUCAAAGUCUCUUCAACUGAUAAUGGUGUAAUUAUGGGUACAAUUGCUUUCGAUAUCGCUGGUUCCGUCAGUAGUAUGUCUGAUAAGAAUUGUGUCAUCCUUAAUGAACUUCAUAUUGAUGUUAUCGAUUAUAUUCUUCCAGCUAAUCAUCAAUACACUGAUGUUCUUUUCAGAAAUCAUUGGCUCGAAUUUGAAUGGGAAAAUAAAAUACCAGUCAAUACAAAUAUUACCGAUUUAGUUAAAUACGUUCAUCACAUUAGUAAAGUCACCAACAUGGGUAUCUUAACACCAGAAGUUCAUCUUUCAAAUGAUACUGGUAUCCUCUCUGCUAAUCUUUGUGCUAAAAGUGUUUUCGGUGAAGACGCACUUGCUAAUAUUUGUAUUGAAAAACAAGCUGAUGGUAAAAUUUCUGGUUAUAUUAGAAUUAGAGCUAAAGUUCAAUCAAUUGCUGUUACAUUAGGUGAAAAGAUUGGUAAUAUGGGUAUGAAAGCUUAA